UAACAUAAAUCUAUGUUGGAUCAAUAGAUUAAGCCGUUAUAGAAAGAUAUGACCACAAGGAGCCGCCCGGUAACUGGUAAAGCUAAGGGACAAGAGGAAGUAGACCAUUUGACCGCGGUAGAGGCGAUCACAGAUGAAGAAAGGGCAGAACUAGAGGAGACAUUUAAAUUGUUUGAUCGGGACAAUGAUGGGUACAUUACUGCCCGGGAGCUGGGUGAAGCCAUGCGAGCCAUGGCCCAGCACCCAACAGAGAGCGAAAUUCAAGAACUAGUCAAGAAACCGGAAGGAGAAGAGGGUCAGGUUUUAACAGAUUUCGAUGGCUACCUAAACAUAAUGGCUAAGCGUCUCACAGUCCCUGAACCCGAUGAUCAACUCCUGCAAGCAUUCAGAGUGUUUGAUAAAGAAGGCACAGGCGUACUUAGUGCGGCAGAUCUCCGGAAAAUUGUCACGACGAUGGGAGAGAAACUUACAGACGAAGAAGUUGAAGAGAUGAUUAGAGAAGCCGACGAUGACGGUGAUGGUCAAAUAAAUUAUCAAGAGUUCACGCAAUUGUUGAUAUCAACGAGAGCCAUCUGGCAUGAGGGUACGACAUGGGUUCUGCCGCCACGGGCGGACACAAAAUCUGAUGCUAUGACUGUGGAACAGUUACAAGAUUUCAAAGCAUCGUUCAGCUUGUUUGACCGGGAUGGAGAUGGCCGUGUAAGCAAAGAUGAACUACGCACCGCAAUGAGGAGUCUUGGUCAGAACCCUACAGAGCAAGAUUUAGAUGACAUCAUGAUGGAAGUCGACAAAGAUGGAAAUGGUACGAUAGAGUACGAGGAAUUUAUAAAGAUGAUGACAAAGCGAGCAGAGGAGACUGAUGAGGAAGAAGAAUUAAGAAAAUCUUUCAGAGUGUUUGAUAAAGACGGCGAUGGAGUGAUAAGUUUCAGCGAACUGAAAUAUGUUAUGUCCAACAUGGGAGAGCGCAUGUCUGAUAAGGAAAUCACAACCAUGCUGGAACAGGCGGACACGGACGGUGAUGGCCAAAUCAAUUACGAAGAAUUUGUGAGAAUGAUGACCGCAAAAUAGCCAAUGGUGACCGCAAAAUAGCCAGCAUGUUAAAACUUGAAACAGUUUUGUAUAUAUUGUAACGUUAAAACAUACAGUGUUUGUUCGAAAUACAACUACGUCUUGCUGAUUAUAUUUUAUAUGUUUUUGUG